UGGAUCCGUACAACGCAGACCGUUCAUAGGAUCGAAUCGUUGCAAUAUGUCAGCCGCGCGUCGCUCAGCAGCAGUAGCAGCAGUACAGUCGGACAGUAUCGUCGAGCUGUUUUAACAACAAACAAGCCACCUACGCUUCUCUGCUCGACCUAGCUCUUGUUAUGAGACGAAGAUGCAAGAGGGAAGCCGUUGAUCAACAGCCCCAGCUCGCACUCGACUCUCAUUAGCUUACAUGCAACGCGUACUUGAAAUCUACUGUAGCAGAAACUUACAGAGUCAAUUUUCAUUUAUUUGUUAUGAAAUGAAAUAAAAAUAAUCAUUCAAAAUGAUGAGUGAUCAAUUUCGUGGUAAAGUGGAGCAAUACUCACCAAAAUCAUCACCGAGGGGUGCUCGUUCACCUGUCGUUUCUCGACAAGACUCAACAGGCACCCUGAAAACAACCAUUUCGUUGGGAAAAAAUCCAUCCAUUGUUCACAGUGGACCAUUUUAUUUAAUGAAAGAACCACCUGGAGAAAGUGAAUUGACUGGCGCCAGAAACUUGAUGGCCUAUUAUGGCCUAGAACACUCCUAUAGUAAGUUCAGUGGAAAAAAACUUAAGGAACAAUUAUCAUCUUUUUUACCAAAUUUACCCGGUGUUAUUGAUACACCAGGAGAUCAAGAUAACAGCUCUCUUAGAUCAUUGAUUGAUAAACCUCCAAUUGGUGGUAAAGAACUUCUUCCAUUAACAAGUUUACAAUUGUCUGGGUUUAGACUUCACCCUGGUCCACUGCCUGAACAAUAUCGUUAUAUCAACCAGGCUCCUCAGAAAAAACAUCACAAGAAAAAUAAGCAUAAGAACAAGAAUAAAGGAGAAACUCCUACAGGUUUAGAAAGUACAAUAAUUGAUAUUGGUGGAGCCGAUACCCACGAAAAGAAACAUAAAAAGCAGAAAAGACACGAUGAAGAAAAGGAAGCUAGAAAAAAGCGCAAAAAGGAGAAGAAAAGAAAAAAGCAAAAACAUAGUCCCGAACAUUCGGGAGGUCUAACGCCAUCGCAACAUUCGAAUUCGUGAUCUUCAAUUGAACAUUGUAGUUUUAAUUCAAAUAUUGUUUGUGAUGAGUCUUCCUCUUGGCCUUAACUAACUUUCAAUUACAUUACCAGAAAUAGAUCCAAACUUGAAUUAUAUCAUGACUUUUAUAUAAUUAAUUAAUAACAUUGUUGAAAUUACUUUAUUAGAAAACUCAGUUAUCUACUAAUUUUUAUUUAUUCAUAUUGCUUUGGCAAAAUACUGUAAAUAAAUAGUACAAUGUAGUGUAGUUGUACCCGUACAGUAUGUAUUAAGUGUGUAAACAGCAUAAUCGCUCGCGUAAUUCGCAAGCACAACUCAACAAAAUCAUUGUAAAUAAAAAUAAAACAUUGACAUUGUAUAAUAAA